GUGUUUAUAACUUUCAAGUGUCAUUAUCUUCGGAAUGAGUCAAGCGUGCGCCACAUAUCUGAUAUCGUUGUUAUGUAAUGCGGUAAAUUUCACGCAUAUAUAGGUACCUAACUGUUACGAGAGGUUUUGUAAUGUGCAAAAGAGCCGCGAUGAAACCACAUGUACUGGUGACAAGUAACACUGUGCCAUCAGAAGGCAUUGACUUGCUUCGCACAAAAUGCGACGUUACGAUAAUCCAAUCUGCGAAUACCACGCGCGAAGAUGUGCUACAAGCACUUCCAGGCCACGAUGCGGUUCUGAUCGCUGAGCACUUUAACGUGAACAGUGAAUUUCUUAAUAUUGCAGGGUCCGCGUUGAAAGUCGUUUCUACAAUCUCUGCUGGUUACGAUCAUUUGGACGUUCCUGAAAUUAAGCGAAGAGGGAUCAAAGUAGGAAACACGCCUGAGGUUUUGUCUGCCGCGGUCGCCGAAAUUGCAGUAUUGUUACUUUUGAACGCGGCGAGGCGUACCCACGAGGGCCGCCUAAAGCUCGAACGGGGAGAGGCAGGGAAAUCUAAUCUUCAAUGGUUGCUUGGCCAAGAUUUACAAGGAUCAACGGUUGGUAUUGUUGGAUUGGGUAAUAUCGGACAAGCUAUUGUUAAAAGACUGAAAGGAUUUGAUGUGGGCCGUUUCAUUUAUACGGGUCAUUCCCGUAAGAAAGCAGGUGACGAGCUAGGGGCUCAUUUUGUGUCGCUCGAUGAACUGCUCGAGCAAAGUGACUUCGUUGUCGUCGCCGUGCCAUUGACUAACGAAACGUUAGGAUUAUUUAAUGCCAAUACUUUCGGCAAAAUGAAGAAGACCGCCGUAUUCGUGAACGUUGGACGUGGCAAAGUCGUAAAUACUGAUGCAUUAGUGGCGGCGCUUCGCAAUCAAACGAUCUUCGCGGCUGGUCUUGACGUUACAGAUCCUGAACCACUGCCUCCUGAUCAUGAACUUCUUAAACUACCAAAUGCUGUGAUCAUACCUCAUUUGGGCAGUGCUACUAAGAAGACUCGACGUGAUAUGUCAAUUACUGCGGCACAAAAUAUUCUCAAUGGAUUAGAGGGUAAGCCAUUGGUGUACGAAUUGUAACUUGCAUUCUUUUUCACGUCUGGAGAACAAAAAUGUAUUGCGCAAUUUAAUAUUAUUGUUCAAUUUUCAAUAAUAUAAUGACAAUGAUGUAUUUUAAUAUUAA